AUGCACAAUUUCAGACAGUUCCUUCGACAAACUUACUCACUCGAUAGAGCAAAAGCGAUCGCAUUGAAGGAGGAGGGGAAGAAAAGGCCUCGUUUGAUGAUGAUAUCGAGGAAAAGGACUUGUUUCGUAACAAACGAUGCUGAAAUAACUCGACUGGCUCGCAAAAUGGGAUUCGGAGUUAUUGUAGACGAGGCUAAUCGUUCGACAAACCUUUCAAGAUUUGCACAAAUAGUGAAUUCUUGUGAUGCACUAAUGGUAGUUCUUGGAGCUGGAUUAACAAACAUGGUUUUUCUCCCGAAUAACGCGGUUUUAAUCCAAAUAAUUCCAUUAGGAGGCAUUGAUGGAUUUGCUAGAACAGAUUUUGGAGAACCAUUUGACGGUAUGAACUUAAAGGACUUGGAAUACGAGAUUAAGGUUAAAGAGAGUUCCUUGAGUAAACAGUAUCCAUUGGAUCAUCCAGUUAUUAAAGAUCCAAGAUCUUUCCAUAUCAAGGGUUGGGAUGUUCUUAGGAAAACACACUUGGAUCUGCAAAAUGUGACAAUUGAUUUGCAUAGGUUUAGACGAACAUUGGCUAAAGCUAUCAAGAUUUUACAUCAUUAG